AUGGACAUUUGCGACGAGUAUCGUGGCAUCAACUUGGACAACCACAUGAGCGAGGCGUACAAGAACGCGUUGUAUGACGAGGUCAGCGACCACUACGAACAACACAUGCCUCCAUCGCAGUAUGGAGCUGUCUCUGGCCGAGGUACCGAUCUGGCCAUCCGCGUCGAGUUGAGCUUCAUCGACUACUGUAAGCUGCAUGGUCUCAGCCAUUUCAUUUUGUGGGUUGACUUGUCCAAGGCUUUCGAUCGCGUCAUACGCGAGCUGGUCCUCGGCAUCCCUCACGAUGCCGAGUGGUUCUUGCAGCAAGGGGGCGCCCCUGAGAAAACCAUUCGGCUCCUGAAGAACCUGCAUGCGAAGAGCUGGAUCACGCACGGCGACAUCGACUCUGCAGUCAGCAUCCGCUUGGGAGGCAAGCAGUGCUGCAAGUUCGGCGGCGCAGCUUUCAACGGCGUCUACUCCGUCGGCCUGGUCAUGCUCAGGGACGAGCUGCUCGACGUCUCUGUCAUCGACGUGACCUUCGUAGACGACGAGUGCUUGAUGCUCAGCGCGCCCGCCCCGCGCGUGCAGGACGAGCGCGUGGACGUCCUACUGACCAAGCUCACAUCAUCGAUAUUCGACAUGCUGAAUUUUUCCAUGAAUUGGAAGCCCGGCAACACUAAGUGCAGCAUCGUAUACCGCGGCGCGCGGUCCGCCGAGCAUUACCGGCGACGUCGACGAAGCCCAGGCCAAUCCUUGGCCGUGCAGGUUCCCGGCCGUGACGAGAGCAUCACAGUCGUCUCCGAAUGCAAGCACCUCGGGGGCGUGGCCUCCGGUACGGGCCAG